AUGGCACCGACUGCGUGUGUAUCGCCUGCUGAUGUAUGCAUCAUCAAAAAUGACUUGAACAGUCGUGACCCUCUGGGUCAAGUCAGCAAGCAUGGGGACGAACUGUUGCAAUCGGGGUUGACUGCCAAGGAAUUGGUGUUGGAUGUGUUGAAGAAGCGUGCCGCGGAGGUUGAUACUGAUCGGUGUGAGCCUGGAGAGGAGGAUCCUUUUUAUGUGGCGGAUAUGGGAGAGGUGUACCGCCAGCACAUGCGCUGGAAGAUGAACCUGGGCCGAGUCAAGCCUUUCUAUGCUGUCAAGUGUAACCCGGACCCCGAGGUUCUGCGUCUUAUGGCCCAGUUGGGCAAUGGCUUCGAUUGUGCCUCCAAGGCGGAGAUUGAUCUCGCCCUGCAGACUGGCAUUGAUCCCAGUCGGAUCAUCUAUGCUCAACCCUGCAAGACCAAGUCUUACCUGCGCUAUGCCUCGCAGGUUGGCGUCAAGCAAAUGACUUUCGACAACGCCGAUGAGUUGUACAAGAUCAAGACUCAUUUCCCGGAUGCCGAGCUGUACCUCCGCAUCCUGACUGACGACUCGACCAGUCUGUGCCGGCUCAGCAUGAAGUUUGGUGCCUCUUUGGAUGUGGCCCAGCAACUGCUGGAGCUUGCCCAUCAGCUCGAGCUCAAGGUUGUUGGCGUGAGCUUCCACGUCGGCUCCGGUGCCGAAGACCCGCGUGCUUUCCUCAAGGCCGUUCAAGACGCCCGUCUGGUGUUCGAUCAGGCGGCUGAGAUUGGCCACGAGCUGCACACCCUCGAUGUCGGUGGCGGUUUCUGCCAGGACACCUUUGAGAAGUUCUCGGGUAUUCUGAGCGAUGCCCUGGAGACUUACUUCCCGCCGCAUAUCCGCAUCAUUGCCGAGCCCGGCCGGUACUACGUCGCCAGUGCCUUCACCCUCGCGGCCAACGUCAUUGCCCGUCGUGACGUUCCCGACCCGCUGGACCCUUCGCGUGAUGCUUACAUGCUGUACCUGAACGAUGGUGUGUAUGGUAACUUCUCCAACAUCAUCUUCGACCACCAGCACCCGGUUGCUCAGGUGCUGCUGUCCGCAGCCGAUGACUCUCAGCCCGGCACGCCCAACUCUGCGGUGACUGAGACCAACUCGUACUCGAUCUGGGGCCCCACCUGCGACGGCAUCGAUGUGAUCACUCAGCGCAUCGAUCUGCCGGGGCUCCUGAACACCGGGGAUUGGCUGUACUUUGAGGAGAUGGGUGCGUACACCAAGUGCAGUGCCACUCGCUUCAAUGGCUUCUCCGACAACCACGAAGUGAUCUACAUCUCGAGCGAGACUGGUGCCUCGGCUCUGCUGAACUACUAG